AUGGCCGCCGCAGCGCCGCCCCCGGCCCCAACACCGGCCCCGGAGCCCGCCACAUCGUUACCGGAAACCACCCCUCUCUUCACGCGCAUCCGCCUAGCUACCCCCUCCGACGUUCCCCACAUCCACAAACUGAUCCACCAGAUGGCCGUCUUCGAACGCCUGACCCACCUCUUCUCCGCCACCGAGUCCUCCCUCUCCGCCACCCUCUUCUCCCCCACCGUCCUACCGUUCAACUCCUUCACCAUCUUCCUUCUAGAAGCUUCCCCCAACCCCUUCCCUGUUUCAACCUUCGACUCCAACCCCUUCUUCAAGCCCCUUACUAAAUUCGUGAAUCUGAGCGUCCCCAUUGAGGACCCAGAGCGGGACACGUUCAAGAGCAUGGAUAAUGUUACUGUUGUGGGGUUUGUGUUGUUUUUCCCGAACUAUUCUACAUUUCUGGGGAAGCCUGGAUUUUACGUGGAGGACUUGUUCGUGAGGGAGUGUUACAGAAGGAAGGGGUUUGGGAAAAUGCUGCUGUCGGCGGUGGCGAAACAGGCGGUGGCGAUGGGGUACGGGAGGGUGGAGUGGGUGGUGCUCGACUGGAAUGUGAAUGCGAUUAAGUUUUACGAAGAGAUGGGUGCUGAUGUCUUGAACGAGUGGAGGAUUUGCAGGUUGACUGGGGAAGCUCUUCAGGCUUAUGGAGGUGCUGAUUAG